GCUUGGAGGGGGAGGCGCGUGCGCGACUUUAUAAGGAGGGCAGCGCGCAACGGCAGGGACACAAGCAGCCUCUCCUUCUUCGUCUCCUUCUUCUUCUCUUGCGAGACGAGUCACGUGGAACAGCACCGCCUACAGAUCCUCUCGCCUUCACCGCUCCACGACGAUGGACUGCUCCGAGACCAUCGGCGACCGCAAUGUCCCCUGCACCCUGCAGAGAGGAGAGAGCCCCAAGGAUGACCGGCGCUACAUCAUGUACCACGGCACCGACGCGCAGGGGGCACGCGGCAUCGUCGCGCAGGGCUUCAGGCGGUCCGAGCGCGGCAUGCUGGGGCCCGGCGUCUACGUGAGCCGCGACAUCGAGAAGGCGAGGCGGUAUCCGAUUGGGAAGCCCGAGAACGUCAAAGUGAUUCUGAAGCUCAGGGUGAACGUGGGGCGCGUGAAGAAAAUCGACGGCCAGGACCACCCCCUGCGUCUCACCUGGCACGACGAGGGCUACGACACCGCCUGGGUGCCGCGGGGCUGCGGGAUGGUGACCAGCGAGCUGGAGGAGGACUGCGUCUGGGAUCCGGAGAGGAUCACGGUCGUUGGCGUCGAGGAGGCGCCCAGCAGCGAAAUGAAGACGAUGUUGCUCGCGAUGAUGAAGAACCCUAACGACGCCGUGCAGAUCGUCGUGAAGGACCUGGAGGGGAAGUCCCUGAGGCUGAUGGUGAAGCUGUCCGAGUCGGUGCUGGCGCUGAAAGUCAGGAUCCAGAGCAAGUGGAAGGUGUCGCCCGCUCAGCAGCGCCUCGCUUACGGGGGCGCCGCGCUGCAGGACGCCACCACCCUCGCCAAGUGCGGCUUGAAGCAGAAUGCCACCGUCAACCUGCUUCGCGUGGACCACGUCGUUGACGUCUUCGUGAAGACGCUCGCGAACAAAACGUUGACGAUAGAGGUGAAGCUCUCCGACUCGGUGCUCUCACUGAAGCAGAAGGUCCAGCAGAAGGCGCGCAUACCGGUAGAGCAGCAGAUCCUCACCUUCAGCAGCCGCACCCUGGAGGACGAUCAGAAGCUGGAGUGGUACGGGAUUCAGCAACACUCCACCAUCACCAUGCAGGGCCGCCUGCGGGGAGGGUACACCACAGUCACAACGAACAGCAGCAGCGGCACGUUUCGGAAACCCGAAAGGGAGGGCUGGCGGCUGGGAGGAGCCCACACGGCGGUGCGGAUUGGACUCAGUGGGAGAGGCUCUGCGUGGAUUCCCCAGCCCCGGGGCUCUGCGCUUGGAGGGGGAGGCGCGUGCGCGACUUUAAAAGGAGGGCAGCGCGCAACGGCAGGGACACAAGCAGCCUCUCCUUCUUCGUCUCCUUCUUCUUCUCUUGCGAGACGAGUCACGUGGAACAGCACCGCCUACAGAUCCUCUCGCCUUCACCGCUCCACGACGAUGGACUGCUCCGAGACCAUCGGCGACCGCAAUGGCCCCUGCACCCUGCAGAGAGGAGAGAGCCCCAAGGAUGACCGGCGCUACAUCAUGUACCACGGCACCGACGCGCAGGGGGCACACGGCAUCCUCGCGCAGGGCUUCAGGCGGUCCGCACGCGGCAUGCUGGGGCCCGGCGUCUACGUGAGCCGCGACAUCGAGAAGGCGAGGCGGUAUCCGAUUGGGAAGCCCGAGAACGUCAAAGUGAUUCUGAAGCUCAGGGUGAACGUGGGGCGCGUGAAGAAAAUCGACGGCCAGGACCACCCCCUGCGUCUCACCUGGCACGACGAGGGCUACGACACCGCCUGGGUGCCGCGAGGCUGCGGGAUGGUGACCAGCGAGCUGGAGGAGGACUGCGUCUGGGAUCCGGAGAGGAUCACGGUCGUUGGCGUCGAGGAGGCGCCCAGCAGCGAAAUGAAGACGAUGUUGCUCGCGAUGAUUAAGAACCCAAACGACGCCGUACAGAUCGUCGUGAAGGACCUGGAGGGGAAGCCCCUGAGGCUGAUGGUGAAGCUGUCCGAGUCGGUGCUGGCGCUGAAAGUCAGGAUCCAGAGCAAGUGGAAGGUGUCGCCCGCUCAGCAGCGCCUCGCUUACGGGGGCGCCGCGCUGCAGGACGCCACCACCCUCGCCAAGUGCGGUUUGAAGCAGAAUGCCAUCGUCAACCUGCUUCACGUGUACCACGUCGUUGACGUCUUCGUGAAGACGCUCGCGAACAAAACGUUGACGAUAGAGGUGAAGCUCUCCGACUCGGUGCUCUCACUGAAGCAGAAGGUCCAGCAGAAGGCGCGCAUACCGGUAGAGCAGCAGAUGCUCACCUUCAGCAGCCGCACCCUGGAGGACGAUCAGAAGCUGGAGUGGUACGGGAUUCAGCAAUACUCCACCAUCACCAUGCAGGGCCGCCUGCGGGGAGGGUAGUCACGUGCCCCACGCACGCGCCACCUGAAGAAUUGACGGACACAAUUCAUGAGCGGUCUUCUGUCCAGUUGGCCAUUGUCAGGGUGGACCUGCAGCCACUGCCUUCUACAAAAUCUCCGCUUGUGGGUGGUCAUCACCGCCAGAUGUACGAUGUUGACAAAAAAAACUGUUCAUCCUAUCGUGGCUGCACUCGUACAUAUAUUUAAUUUCCAUAAAUAUUCAUGGAACUUUUACAAAUCUUCAUCCAAAUAGUUAAGCCCGUGAUGGUUAUUUUCGGAUCUCGGACCAAUGAUGUGUGUUUGAGUUUAUUUGUUGGAUGUGGCAACACACACGAGGACCCACGCGAACUUCAUGUCUAAGAAGAGAGUAUGCCAACGGUUGAAGUUGCAUACAUACCAUUCCAUGUUAGUUUUGUAUUUGUUUGUAUAUAGUAAGAGUCAAACGAAAAUUGUAUGCGUCUGUCUGAAUGUGGUUGUUGAUUAAACAUAGAAAAUAUGACCCACACUUCCCACGCCAUUGCUCAAGUGCCUGUUUACCGAUUUGAAAUGUAUAUUGUCUCGUUGUUUUGAGCCGAUUGCCAAUACUUGUUGAUUACGAUGGAAGGUUUCCUUUUUUGUUUUUUAAUGUCAGCGCGCGGUGUCAUGAGCACAGUAUUCUUAAAAGUUAAAAUUCCUGGAAUAAUCUUAUAAAGUGAUGUAUUUACCGGUAAAAAUGAAACAUUUAGUCCUGUUAUUUUAUAGUUCGCACCUUUGAUUUUACCAUCUGUAACAUGACAUUUUAUUAUAAAUGCACUUUUGAUAUGUCAGCUGAUGGAUACUUUUGUUAUAUUGUUCACUGUAUAAUGCAUCAAUACAUAAAUUUGAUUUGUCAAGCUUUAUAACUUGGUUCAUGUCUCAUUAUCUGAGUACUGUCCUGUAGUAUGGGUGACUUUUUAGAGUUUAAAUCAUUUGUACAUGGCAUAGAUCUGACCACUGUUAUAUAUAAAUAAUCCAGAUUCUAUAGAUUCACAUUAACGUAGAUUUAUA